GUUAGUGUCAUUUGACGGAUGUGUUUGAAUUUUUUUUUGUGAAUAAUUACUGUAAAAAUCCAAAAUAUCAUCCUGUAAACCAAAAGCUAGAUGAAUAAUGAAGUUUCAUUCUUUAAUUUGUGCUGUGUUUCAAAGUUCUAAGAACAGAAUGUUACUAUUAUGUGCUCAAUGUUACAUUUUGUAAUCGUCGCAACGUACAAUUUUAAAUUUAGCUUCUAUCAGCCACAUAUCAAAUGUCUUAAAAUUUAUACAACUUUUUGAAAGUUUAAAGUGUUAUAUCAAGAGAAAUAUGCAGACUCCUUCAACAGAAAAAAUUCUGUAUGAGCUGUUAGUCUACGCUGAAUGGAAACUAGAACCAGAGUUUUCGCGGCUUAGUAAAGCAGUUUCUCCCAGUGUUCAGUCUUUACCGUUCCUUUUGACAAGACUCUCAAGUAUUUUGAAACGGAAGGAAGCCAGUCCGAUCAUUAAUUCAGUCAAUUCCCAAGUUCCAUGGAAGCUAGCAACUGGCGGAGAUGGUCAAGUAGUAGCAAUUCUUCAAGACUCGAUUCUGGAGAUACGAACUGCACGUGAUGAGUACACAUCUGUUGUUGGAAAAGCAACAGUUCAGAAGGAUGCGUGGCCUCACCUACGCAAAUUGGAAUGGAGCCCUGACUGUAGCAUGGUUGCACUAGCAAACAGCAAUGGAACGAUCUCAGCUUUUGACCUUCUCGGCAGUAACCUAUUUGUCAUACCAUCAGAGAACACUGAAACUUUUGGAGAUUCAGUUCAGGCGUUGGCGGCUUUGAUAUUCAUUGAUAUUCGCUUUAAAAGUACCAAGUGGUCACAUGAGCUUAUCUCAAUAGAUUACAAUGGCAUUCUGCAUAGUUAUCUGGUGUCUUCGUCCGGUGGAUAUCAGAACUAUCACAAAUGGAGUUUUUCACCUCUUAAAUUUUGGAAAGGAAUAUCCUGUGUGACCUACCAUCAAAAAAACCACAUGCUCAUCGUUGGCUCACCAGUAAUUGUUAACAGUAAAGCAAAGGAAAAUUGGCAGUGGGGUCUCAGCUCUUGGCGGUUAAUCAACGAUGUCCCAUACUAUAGAGCCACAAAUUCAGACUCAGAUGACAGAUCCUACUUUAAUUUAAAAUAUAGUAUGUUAUCAUGGAUUCCCGUCUUCAGCAACAGUUUAAUCAAUCAGUUUGUCAAACAGAGUGCUGUUUUUAGAAUGCAGAUAUCACCAGAGGGUCAGCAAGUUGCAUGUCUUCACAGUUGUGGAACCAUUUCAAUUUGGCAUCUUCCUAGCCUGAGACUGAAUAAGUUAUGGACACUAGAGGAGCAACCCAAUUUCAACCUUGAAAAUAAAAUGUAUAAGCGAAAAAGUGGAGCCGAUCAAUUGAAGAAUAGCACUGAAUUUCAUCCUGUUGAUAUAAACUGGUGGUCUGAAAAAAGUUUGACAGUGGCACGAAAUAAUGGAGCAGUAACGGUUUGCUGCGUGGACACAUUGGAAAAUCUGUUGGGAGAAUCACCAGAAUUUCUGUCUCGUCAACCGCAAUUAUCCUCCACCAGUGGUGAAAAUGGGAUUCUUGCAUUAGAGUGUCAGAUACACCCAUUGAAAACUAAACUGAGCAAUGAUAAUGAGGAAGAAGCAAGUAGCAGCGAUGAUGAGGAGAAAUCCACCCUUUGGAGUAGAGGCUCCGACAUGAUUCGGUCAACAUGCUUCUUUUUCACGGAUCUAGAGAGAUUUAAGCCAAAGAGGAAGAGACCAAAAUUAGUUUACAAAAUUUAUCAGAUGUUGGCUAUCAUCAGCCGCACUCCAGAGGAACUCUUCACUAGGAUGAUUGAGAGUGAAAGCUACGAAGAGGCUCUGUCUUUGGCUGAAGUUUACAAUUUGGAUGCAGAUCGUGUGUAUCAAAGUCAGUGGCGCAAGACACCUGUUUCUGUCUCAUCAAUCCACAAUUUUCUAAGUAAGAUCCACUCAAAAACAUGGGUUCUGUACGAAUGUUGUGAAAGAGUUCCCGAAACUCUGUCAGCAGUCAAGGAGCUCAUCAGUUUUGGAUUGAAGUACACAGAUCGCUUGGCCGUUCUCAAGGAUGAAGAAAAUCCAAAGUCUACAAAUGGCUCGAUCGAUGGUUCCUUAUCUACUUUUGAUGUUAGCAAAUUGAGUGAAGAAGCCAAGCAGAUGAUUACUUUUAGAAAGAAACUUCUGAGACUCUCUGAUAGGCUUUUUACUUACCAAUCAAUCCUUGAAUCCACAGCUGAAGAACCAAAUUUAGUCGAAUCACUUUAUGAUCAUGAGACGUACGAUAAAUUUCAGAAACUGUCUAUUAUAGAGUCAGCUAUUCAGUAUGCAAGGAAGAGUGACGUAAAUGCCGUGUAUGCCUUAUUGACGUAUCAUGGAGAUGAAACCAUUCCGUUUUGGCUCAAUAUUCUUGACAAUAUACCAGAAACACUUAGGGCAACUAAUUAUCGGUCUUUGUUACCAGAGUGCAAAGACGGCAAGCUGAUUGAUUGGAAAAGGAAAAAAAUAAGAGACAAAGACUGGUGUGAAUUGGAGCCACUUGCAUCUAUUGGUGAGAUUGAUGUACUUUCUGCUGAAAACUCGGAACACCCAUCAGAUCUAACGGUUGAAGCUGUUUACCAGUGGUAUCGCAGACGGAUCUGUUCGAUAGAGAAGAAUACAAAUUUAGUUGAUAGAGCAUUAGUCUUGUUGAGGAUUGCCAAAGAAAAACAAGUCAAAGAUCUUGAUAACCUUGAAUUUGAGCUUGAGAUUCUUGACGUUUUGGUACACGAGGUGUACAUUGAAGAUAUCACUCUUGAGUCUCUGCAGAAAAAAACGAUGCAAGAAAAAUUGAAACUGUUGAUGAGUACAACAACGCCAGAUAACUUCAUAGCCAAUUUAAAACAGCUUUUAAUUCCUUUCUUGGACCGCUGUGAGGUGCAUCAGUCAGGCUCAAAAAUGAAAUUAAUAUCAUCGUAUCUCCUUGACCUAAGUGUGAAAAAUCUGGAAUACAUAGUAAAAUUCGUUCAGUUUAUAAUGAUGUUUGAUUUAUUUGAGGACAAGACAUCAAUAUUCUCAUCACUUGAAGCUUUUGUGUCCUUAAUAAUAGAGUGCAUUUACAAUUGCCAAAACACAGAUGAAAUCGACAGAGUUUCAUUCAUCGUUUCCCUUCUGCCACAACACGAUUUAAACAAAUCUGUAGAAGCUAGCAGAAAUAUUUGGAAUUCUAUCAAGACUCUAGAGGCUGAGAUCAUGUGUUUGAAGAUUUUGCUUCAACAUCAUAUCAAGAUGUCUUUGCAACACAUUCAUAAGAUCAAAGAUGAUCAUGAAGCUGUCUUUUCCUUAUUAUCAGGAAUUGGAAAAGGGAAAAACUUAAGUGGGAAAAAUCUCUCUCCGUCUGAGUGGAAUCAGCUCCUUCUUGAUUUACUGCAGCUUCAUUCACAUUUAUUUUCUUGCUUAUCAGAACAGAAUUGCUAUGAAAUUUAUGCUUCCAUAUUACUUAAUAAUGAACACAGUAGUAGUAUAAUGUUCGCUGCCAAUGUUUUGUGUUGUAACCCAUCAGACGAACAUAAGCGGAAAAUCACUUUUGCCUCCAGUCUUGAUCUGGUUUUGAAAGCCGCGCGGAGUUACUUUAAUAACUCAGCAACGGUCUCAGAUAAUUCCAUGGUCUUAGCAAAAGUAUGCCUCAGAUUAAUGCCAGAGGAAAACAAAGACAUUUGUGAUGAGCUAGAUUUAAUUGCAGCUGUUCAUUUACUGAGUGAGUUCAAGGUAGUUCUAUUGCCAAUGCAGGUGCGUCAGUGCCCUGACCGGAUGAAAAUGAUUGAUAAGUGUUUAAAAAGUCGUCCUGACAAUUAUUGUAAGACAGACAAAUUAUUCAAACUAGCAAAACUCCUCAGGAUACACGAAACUGAUUCAAGACUGAGGGAAGCAACAAUUCUGUUGAAAUGUCUUGAAGUCUCAUUCGAGGCCAAAAAUUAUUCUUUUUGUGGUCAAAAGUGUCUGAGUUUUAUAAGAGAAGAGCAACCAUUAGGGUGGGAAAUCUGCAGGAAUGUGGCAAACUGUGAGGAGUACAAGGAUCUUGAGACCCGGAAGAAGCUAGCAGUUUUUUCACUAGCCUAUUGUCCUCCAAAUUUUAUCGAGGAAAUCAUUCAAAUCAAGCAUCGGCUUGAGUAUAAAAUUCUGCGAUCUUCAAUUCAAGAUCAAAUGACAGAAGCAGUUGCUGAAAGUGGUAAUGAAAUCUCCCACUCAGAGACUAAAUUUCUGCAAAGUAUUGUCACGGAUAAAGUUUUAAAUUUGACAUCAACUCUGUUCAAUAAUAAACUGAGUAAGGUUUUUUGGGACUACACCUCAAGCAAAGAUAUUUCGCAAGUUGUAGAGGAAGAAAAUAAUGAUGACAUGAAACGGCAAGGCAUUCCAGACUUUUACGAAACGGUGCACACCAAGUGUGACUGUGUUCCUAUUUCCAAGACUAAUAAUUCGACCCUUGAUAUGAAUUUGGCAUUACUGACACAAUGCCUAUUUGAACUCAAAACAAGCACUCUUGACAUUUCAAUGGAAAACAGUUUCAACAAACUUCUAGCGAAUUGUGCGGAGCUGUCUGUUGCAGACGAUCUCCCUCUUAGUCUUUUCUUUUUACUCUCCAUGAGAGGCGUGGAUGAAAUCGUUAACACACUUGACAGUCUACCCAAAACUAUGUGCACACUUCAAUUUGCAGUCCUAAUUUUUGCAUUUCGUAUUUGCUCACUAUUACCAGACUUCAAGUUGCCCACUACACCCAAGAACAUCGUCUACUUAGCAGAAAAAAAUCACCUCCAAGAUCUUGAGUGCUACAAGUUGAUGCUCAAGUACAAAAAGGCUCUAGACAAUUUGAAAGAGUCUGAAAAAUUAGAAGUGUUGGAGUGUGGCAUUAACACAGCAAGAUUUGCCACUGAUGAAACUUACAAACUAGACUCUAUCCUGGGACUUGCCAUGAGCCAAGAUUCUAAUCAGUUCUAUCUAGCGAUACAGCUAGGAGCAACUCAUGGUGUCUCUUUAACGGAGAUCGUUGUUAGUCAUGUAACUUCCCUUUUAUUCAGUUGCGUUCCUAACUUAGUCGAGAAAAUCUCUGGAAAUGAUCUGCUUCUAAAACUGUUAAAAGAGGAUUGCUCCAAUGUAUUAAGUCAAUUAGAAGAAAGGUACUACAAACCUACAGAUGGAACAAAUCAUAAUGGGUUAGUAGCUUAUUUCUCCGUGUUAAGUUUGUUUGCUGAGGAUGUCCAAUUUUACAAUCUUUCAGCCAAGGAACAUGUGAAAUUAAUAAAGAAAGUCAAAGCUACCUCCCCUUUAAUUGACUAUAAGAACUUGAUAGAAAAGCCUGAAUCCAUUGUAAGCGUUUUUGAACCUGCCUUAAGUGAAAAGACGGUAAAUAGUUUACUGAAAUUAAUUAAAGUUUUACCAAGUUUCCUCAAAGAUAGUGUAUCAUUUCCUUUACUAUAUUCAUGUUUAAUUAAUAAGAUUUACCAUACCGAGGAUGGUUCCAGUGAAGUUGAUAGAGUGGCAAAGUGUGUUGACUACAUCGGGAAGAUAUCGCCUGAAGAUGCCCUUAAGUUUGUGCAGACUUCAUUGCUUUCUGAAAAGUGUGUGAGAAACAAUACUAUUUCUGAAAGGUUGAGCUUGCUAGAGAGUAUAAUUUCAGUCUGUCAAAAAAGAAGUGAUUUUGAUUUCUCUGCAACGUUAAAUUACUUGGAAGCGAGUUAUUCUAGUUUGCAGGUCAUUGAAAAUUUGUUAGAAGAGUGUUUGGAGAGUGAAGCUGAUACUCCAGACCACUUAGUAUUCUUUCAAAGUCUAGAUUUGCAUCAUACAGAUCCAACUGGCUUACGAAAUGCAUUUUUCUCAGCUCUGGUCUCAUUGACUUCUGUUCCGGUAGUUGAACUUAUAAAAGCGUGUGAGAAUUUAAACUGCGGUUUUUCAUUAAAAUCAGUCUUGAGUGAGGUAAUACUCUCUGCAAAAGAUAAUAUUGAAAGUAUCUCUGCAAUUUUAUUACGAGUCAAUGAGUGUAUUGAUAAAAAUUUUGUCGAAAAAGAAUGGAUACCUCAGUUGGAAUCUCUAUUAUCUUGUCACUCUCUACCCCCAAAGCAGAAAAUUCAAUUAAACCACACUUUAAAUAAAUUACAAUUAAGUUGAAAAUUACAAUUUUUUUUCUUUACUUUGUAUCAGCAUGAGGGACUGAGGAUAAUUUAAGUUAUCAUCUAAAUUUUUUCUUGAGUUAUGAAGCUUAUUAUAUUCGUCAGCAUUAAUCCAAGAUGAAUAGGUAUAACCAUGCUAUUUUUUUAAUCAGUAUCUGUAAAAUUUUAGAUUACGUUAUUUAUUUUUGUUGUAAAGAAACAAGAUGAGUUUUUCUGUAAUUGAUAAGACUGAAAUAGGUCUAAUAAUUCUAAAAAUUAGAAAGCUUAUGUUCACAUUUACAUUAAUAAAAAGCUAUAGUGUGCUUCUUUUAGAAAAUACACAAAUUAGAUGGUAGCGUCAUAUUUUAAGCUCGUGAAAAUAAGAAAGCACCAAAGUGUUUCUUUGUCUUAAGCUGUGAUUGAUUAAUUUAAUAACGGGCCUCAAAGGUACUCUUGCAUGCACAAUUUGUUUGAAUAUGAAAACUUUGUAUUCAAUUUAUGACUUGAUAGCAAUAAUUGUUCUUGCAUCGAGUGAAACUUUUGUAAGUCAAUAUUACUGUAAAUUUUCUUUUCCUUGUUUCUUGUUAUAUGUAUAUAAAUUAUUUUUUACUGAUUUUAAUACGGUUGGAAUAAACUUUGUUCAUUUAAUUUUU